CUAGCUAUCCUCCGAAGCUUGGCCCCGGCCUCAGCGCCCAGGCGAGCCUGCCCACGGGCCUUUCUGUGUCCCGAUCGCCCUCGUCGUGCGCUUUGUUUUGGUUGGGGUGUUCAGCCGUCAGAUCCUGGUCUGUGAGUCCUUGUUUUUUAGGACCUGGGCCUUUCUUCUGGAUUAUGGCUCAGAGUUCAUUGGUGCCUAGCGAUACAAUAUACUCUCUUAAUAUUUGUUGAUGGGAUGGUUUUGUUCUUUUGACUACUGAUGAAAUGUCAGGUAAAGGCCAUGUCGCCUCCUGGAAAAGUUCCCCGGAAGGAGAACCUGGGGCUCCAGUGUGAGUGGGGGUCCUGCUCCUUUGUGUGCUCGGCCAUGGAGGAGUUUUUCGACCAUGUCACUCAGCACCUGCAGCAGCACAUGCAUGGCUCUAAGGAGGAAGAAGAGGAAGAGGACCCACUUGAGGAAGAGUUCUCCUGCUUGUGGCAGGAGUGUGGCUUUUGCUCUCUGGACAGUUCUGCUGACCUCAUCCGCCAUGUCUACUUCCACUGCUACCACACCAAGCUGAAACAGUGGGGGCUGCAAGCCUUACAGAGCCAAGCUGACCUCAGCCCCUGCAUCCUGGACUUCCAGAGCCGGAACGUCAUCCCCGACAUCCCUGACCAUUUCCUGUGCCUAUGGGAGCAUUGCGAGAGUGUCUUCGACAAUCCUGAGUGGUUCUAUCGGCACGUGGAUGCGCACAGCCUGUGCUGUGAAUACCAAGCGGUCAGCAAGGACAACCAUGUGGUGCUGUGUGGCUGGAAAGGCUGUACCUGUACCUUCAAGGACCGGUGUAAGCUUCGAGAACACCUCCGCAGCCACACCCAGGAGAAGGUGGUAGCCUGUCCCACCUGUGGGGGCAUGUUUGCCAACAAUACCAAGUUCUUAGAUCACAUCCGUCGCCAGACCUCAUUGGAUCAGCAGCGUUUCCAGUGCUCCCACUGUUCCAAGAGAUUUGCCACAGAGAGGCUCUUGCGUGACCACAUGCGGAACCAUGUGAAUCACUAUAAAUGUCCUUUGUGUGACAUGACCUGCCCACUGCCUUCUUCCCUCCGCAAUCACAUGCGCUUUCGACACAGUGAAGACCGGCCCUUUAAAUGUGACUGUUGUGACUACAGCUGUAAGAAUCUUAUUGACCUCCGGAAGCACCUGGACACCCACAGCAAGGAGUCAGCCUACAGGUGUGAGUUUGAGAACUGCACUUUCAGUGCACGGUCGCUCAGCUCCGUCAAGUCCCAUCACCGCAAAGUGCAUGAAGGAGACUCGGAGCCACGGUACAAAUGUCAUGUCUGUGACAAAUGCUUCACACGUGGCAACAACCUCACCGUGCACCUUCGCAAGAAGCACCAGUUCAAGUGGCCCUCAGGACACCCUCGUUUUCGGUACAAGGAGCAUGAGGACGGCUACAUGCGACUCCAGCUAGUUCGGUAUGAGAGUGUGGAGCUGACACAGCAGUUGCUGCAGCAGCUACAAGAAGGAUCAGACCCAGGAUUGGCACUGAAUGAGAGCAGCCUGCAGGGCAUUGUUCUAGAAACAGUGCUAGGGGGGCCAGGACCUGAGGAAGAGACGGAAGAGGAAGGUAGGGUUGUUGAGGGAACAGCCCUCUCAGCUUCUCAGGACAACCCCAGUUCUGCCAUACAUAUGGUCAGUCAGACAGACACUCAAGGCCAGCAAGACGUUGUCUACUAUGUACUGUCUGAAGCCCCAGGAAAGCCCCCGCCAGUCUCCGAAACACCCUCAAGAGAGAUGGAAAAGCUUCAAGGAGUACCUGAGGACCCAGAGGUCCAGAUGGGCUGAGGCUGCAGAGCCUGACGGUCCUACUCCAGAUCUUGGAGUUUGUGCCAGGCAGGAAGCAGUGUCCCAGUAGGCGGCCUUUGUUCUUGGAUGACUUUAGAAGUGGUGCUGAGAACAGUGUGUUUCCCUAUGACUCAGGAGGCAUCAUUCUGUAGACUCUGGGGAGUUGGAUCCAUUGAGGAAGCCCUACAUUUAUGUUCUCAUCGGAGGAGCUGUUCCCAGGUUUAAGCAUACUCCCUUGGCAUGCUAGACAGUAAAUAUCUAGUCUACAUCCAUUCCAGUCUCCAGUGGUCCAUCAAUCCAUCCAUCCAGGGAUGAAUGACUGACUGUUCCUUACGACAGCCAUUUCCUCACUGUAAGUUAAGCAUUGAGAACCAGGUGCCAUUUAUCUCAAGGUUUCCUUUUACAUUCCAGGGACACUUGUUAUCUUCAGGGACAGAAUUAAAGAUACUUCGUGUGUGUGACAGUUGUCUUAUUGGGAAUAAAAGAAACACUUGGGCUGUUA